AUGGUGCAGCUCCACCCCACCCCUUCUCUGUUCGUUUUUUACUGCUCCCCUCUCCUGCCCCACCCCGCGAGCCCCAAUCCAUCCAUCCACACCCGAAGGCCAAGCCAUCCUCACCAGGGUCUUCCUGCAGCCGCUCCGGCGUCUGGAGCCGCGUUGGGCUCCGCGGCUGCGGUCCCCGCCCAGCCCGCACAGACUGGAGGGGAGGGGCGCUGGGAUGACCCGCCGGCGCUGCGCAGCCGCGCCCCUUCACGCAUGGGCGUGGCGAGUCCCAGACCCAGCCCCCAGCGAUUGA